GCGUGCUAUCGAUACACGCAGCCAGGCAACACGUGCGUUCUUGUUUUGUAUUUUUGUGUUGUUUGAGCAUCGUAAUUCCCGAAAUGAGUGAAGCCGCCCCAGAAACAGCGCCGCCCAAGACGCCGGCGAAGGCCAAGAAGGCGGCGAAGCCCGAGAACAGCAUUCCCCGUGGCCAGCCCAAGUCCAACCGGCCGUGGAAGACGCCCAAACAGAAAUUCAGCAAGAUCAAGAAGACCAUUAACCGUGCGACGUUCGAGAAGAAGGCCGCUCUGCGCGACGAGCUGCGCUACAUCAAGGAGCGCUCCAAGGAGAUCAAGACGAAGCGCAAGGAGGACGCCGUCCAGAAGCAUCAGCGUCGCGUGGAGAACGCCGAGCGGCGGCUGGCCAACGAGCGCCGCUCGGAGGUCGUCCAGGUGAUCAAGAAUCCCGCCAAGCUGAAGCGCAUGAAGAAGAAGGCGAUGCGCAUGAUCCAGAAAAGGGACACCAGCCAGGUGAAGGUGGUCUAAGCGAACGG